AUGGCUGAGAUGGAAGAAGAAAUAGAGGAAAUGACUGCCCUUUCCCUUGGCAGUGGAUCUACUAGCAACAGCAAGCACUCCAAAUCUAAGCGAGGCACUGGCUCCAAUUCCAAUCCAAAACCGCCUGUCCAACUCGCCUUGUUCCCAGAUCAAGACAGCGAUGAUCACGGCGAUGGUCAUCCAAGGAAGAAGCUACGGCUUAGCGCUGAACAGGUGACGGUGCUCGAAGGUGUCUACGAAGAACAUUGCAACCUUGACGCGAUUGUGAAGCAAGGGCUGGCGAAGAGGCUGGACAUAAAACCACGCCAAGUCGAAGUCUGGUUUCAGAACAGAAGAGCCCGGAGCAAGCAGAAGCAGACGGCAGAGGAUUAUGAGCAUCUCAAGAGAAAGUCCCAAGGGCUAAUCAAGGAGAACCAGAAGCUGAAGAUGGAGCUGCAACAACUGAUGAGUAUUUCUCAGCGUGACAAUACUAAAAAUGGCUUCAACUUAGUUGCCGUGUGCUCAUUCUGCGAUAAAAUCUUCAGAGAUCACCAUGGCCAAAAGAAAUUGUAA